AUGGUGCUGGCCUUCGUUGCCCCCGAGGUGCCGCCCGCCCGCCGCGCCCCCGCGGCACGCGGCGCGCUGUCCGCCGCGGCGCUCCCACCGGCCGGCGGUGCGCUCACCGCCGCCGGGCGCGGCGCGGCGGGCGUGGAGGCCGCGCUGUGCGCCGGGGCCGCGAUCGGGGCACUGGCGGCGGCGGCCUCCCGCCGGCGCGGGCAGGGCGCGCACGGCGAGCGACGGCUGCGCGCCGGGGCGGCGGUGCGGGCGGCCGCGGCGAACGCGAAGGAGGGGGAUGGCGUCGAGACCGCACUGGAGAUAGCGAAGGCGGUGCUCCUGGCGCUGCUGGACGUGUUCAAGGGCCCGCCCGAGGAGCCCACUGGCAAGGACGCCCCCGGGCUCGCCGCCCUUGCCCCGGGCGGCGUGGCUGGCGCCCUCGCCGGCUGCUGCCUGCAGGACGUGCGCACGGGCGUCGCCCAGGACGCCGCGGGGCUCGUGGCGGCCUCCGGGAGGCGCACCGCCGUGUUCUUCCUGACCCACUUUGGCGACUUCAACUCGUGGGAGGUGGCGCAGCAGGUUCGCACGGCUCUGCGCCUGGGGCAGCUCGGCGGUGCGCGCGCGGUGCUGGUGGGCAUCGGCACUCCUGAGUCGGGGCGCAAAUUUGCCGAGAUGUUGGAGCUUCCUGGCGACCUGGAGCUCUACGCUGACCUCAACGGUGCGUGUGCGCAGAAGCUUGGCUUCAGCAAGGAGACCGUGUGGGGGGCGUGCCUUUGCAUGCGCAGUCACGGUGCCGGGUGCUCCGGUGCUUGA